GAAGAAUCCAAAGAUUCUUUUUCUUCAAGCAAGAUUCAAGAUUGAAGCCCCCAAUCCAUACGUUUUGUUUCCUUUUACGUUCGAUUGCCCUGUAAUUCUGUAAGAUUGUAUCAGAUGGAGAAUAUGCAACAGGCGGAGGAGCUUGUGAGGGGAUAUUUGGUCUUCAGAGGAUUUACGAAUACAUUAAAAUCUUUUGAGACUGAGUUGUGUACGGAUAUUGGUAAAAGCUUUCAAGUGAACAAGGUAUUAGACUUGAUUUUCGCGGUUUAUAUUCCUAAAUUCCACGCCGAGAAAUUAGUUGGUCUGUUUAGGUUCUUCAAGCAAUGCUUUUCGUCAUGGUCUGAGACCACGAUGCUUGAAACCUUGUCGAAAUUGGAGUGCUCUGUUCUUCGGUGUUACAUUGUUAAUGCAUUGCAAUCUGGGAGGAAAGAUAAAGUUGUGGAGUUCUUUGGAAUAAAUGGAGAUGAUUUGCUAGUAAAGAGUUCGGAUUGGACUCCUUGGUUUGCGAUUCCUUAUUUGAAGAAUCCAAGCAUGGAUCCUCAGUUUCGUGUUUAUUUCUCCAAGGAAUGGUAUGAAGCUCUCCGUCUUUCUGUGAGGAACUUUUUCAGCGAGAUCUUCAAUGGUACUCGCCUUCCUGCCCUACUGAAGAUCUGUUCAGAAAAGAAUACUAUUAGCAGUCUUAAAAAAGACAACAAGCUUCUUAAUCAAAAGGUAUUACAACUUCAGGCUUUACUGGAGGAAAAGGAGGUACAACUAGGUCUAUCUAAAAGGAGCAUGGGAGCAGCUAAUAGUUCUAGUGGCAUUGAUGGUGAAAACUUGCACCUCCCUACAAGUAGUGAGGACAUAUUUGCUCAUGCAACCUCACAUUUGGGUAGAAUAGCACAGGGUGAGCAACAUGCUGGUACUGAAUCCGCCAAAUUUGUAUCAGCCUAUGUUGAGUCCUCGUCUUGGCAAGAUUCAUAUUCUGCUUCGAGUCUUCAUGCCUUAUCCAGUGGAAUCGAUGAUACUGCUCAAAAGUUCUAUGGUAGCCAUUUUAAUGAUAAUGACAGGGAAAUGCACAGAGAAGAAGAAUUUCCUGAAGUGAGUGUAGAGUUUCAGGAGACAUUUUUGGGCCACACAAGUUCAAUUACUCGUUGUCGAUUUUCUGCUUCUGGAAACAAUAUAGCUAGUGCAUCUGUGGAUGGCACUGUCAGGAUAUGGACAUAUGACUCAUCAAUUCCGGCAUCUAGAAAUGCAACAAUAUAUUGUGGAGCUGAGAUAAUGUCACUUGACUGGGAAUGCAAAUCUGAUCGGCUGCUUCUCAUAGGCACUGCUGAGGGAGGCAUUAAAGCGUGGAAUGUUGAUGCGAAGAGAGUUGUCUGUGAUCUGAAUACAACUGAUGCGUUUCCAAGUGUCUUGGAUUUAAAAUGCAGCCCCGUGGAACCAAUAUUUGUUUCUGCCACAUCAUCACAAAGGCUUGGUUCAAAGUCUAUCGACUCUCUGGGGUAUGCUUCUUUGACCGUGUGGAACAUGAAAACAUGGAAAGUUAUGACAGUCCUUCCUCUUGGUGAAGAUCCGCCUGCAAUUACUUCCCUAUGCUUCAAUCACAACGGAAAGAUUUUAGCCGCCUCUGCCACCGAUGGAAUGAUUCAUAUGUUUGACAUGUCGGCUGGUUUACAAAUCACGGGGUGGCCUGCACAUGACUCUGCAAUAAGCUCACUUCUUUUUGGGCCUGAUGAGACUAGCAUUUUUAGCUUGGGCUCUGAUGGAAAGAUAUUUGAAUGGAGCCUGCAAAACCAAGGUCGUGUCCUAUGGUCAAAAACUUCUAGCCUCUUUUCCGACUCCAAGAGAUCAAAAUACUGUAGAGAUGAAAUGUCACUGGAUGCCAACGGGAGGCAGCUAUUAGUAACAUCCGGUUCUGUAAGGGCACCCAUAUAUCAGGUACAAGGCCAUUCAAGCGGAUUCAGAACUCUUCCCCACACUUCAGCUAUAACGACAGUGGAUUGGCACCCAACCUUGCCGAUUUUCUUGACCGGAUCAGCAGACAAUUCGGUUCGAGUAACUUCUAUACCGUGAAGACAACAAAACAUCUAUUCUACAUCUGCUUCCCCAUUUUGGUUAAAUGAAGACCAAUUAUAGGCAUAGUAGUUUGAAAAAUAGUAUUUUUUUUUCUUUUCAUUUUUGCAUGCAUGUUUGAGCAUGCCAUUCGUUUGCCAGUGUUUGGGAGAGGUAAUCUCGUGAGUGAUGAUGUAAUUCAUUGAAUGUGUUUGUACCUUAAAUCUAUUUUUGUCAUUUACUUGUAAACUGUUCUGUC